AUGUCUGAAAGGUUUCAUCCAUCUGGUGAGAAAACCGAAUAUUGGCGUCAAAAGGAGAUGGAUUACAUGUUAAGGGGCGAUUGGCAACAAUUGUCAUGGAUUGUUUGUUGCCAUCAGAGAGAUCGCGAGAGUGACACUGGUGACAUAAGUGUUCGAAAAACAGGCAAUCAAAUCAGUCACCCAGAUCAUAAACGAUAUCUGAUAUCACUCAUAUAUAUCACACGAGAUGGAUCGGAUACCGAGCAUAUCACACUCAUCAUCAUUCCAAAUGCGAAAUGGCGAGCGGGUGACAAAGGCAUCAUCCAAAUGAGGGCAAACUGUGUGAAUCCAUUUCAUUUGGUAUAUGUAUUAACGAUUAACGAUAACUUCCUACUUCGAAAUUCCACGCACGCACUGAUAUGA